CUCUUGAGAGCAUAGUUUCUCUUUUCAUUAUGGAAUUUCAACGUUAUUCAGAGUGCGACAAGGAUAUUGUCACAAUUUUCAAAAUACAAACAAGAUCGAUUGAUAUAAGAUAAUUACAAGACAAAACCAAUCCCAACUAUAGAACUCUCAUAUCAUUCCUAUGCAGUAUGUGAUAUAUCAUUGGAAGGCAUUCUCGAUCGGGUUGACCAGAUCUCUUGCUUUGUCAAACAAAAUCCUAAUUUGUUGGAUUACUUUCCUAAUAUCUAAUUUGGUAUCCUUUUUUUCUUCCCUUCUGAGAUUUGUCCUACAUCUCUAGGUUUUCUCAAAUUUUCGUGUAUUUAACGACCUCACUCGAAGAGAAAUUGAUGAAACACCUAUGCUUCCGUCAAAGAUCGGUUUCAACAAAAACGUAUUGUAGAUUCAGGAAAGUUUCAUUGCUGAUUCUCUAUAAACAUCCUGCGAUAUGAGUUUCUUAUUCAGAUUUCAUCUGAACAAAGAAUAGAGAAGAAUUUAUUGUCACUAGUCCAGCGCAAGUGUUUAUUAUCAAGUCAAUCAAUCAUAGGGUUGAAAUUGCACUAAUUGUGCUUCAAUGUUGACUCGCGAAGCCGAUCAUAUGUGGUAUGAAAGAUCGGCUCGUUGAUAAGUCCUGUGCGGUGAUAGUGAGUUCGAGUGCUUAUGUACGGAAGCAAUUUUUCAAAUGCAUCUCUUAGUUGUUUUGCAGCCGUUGUUCUCUCUGCUAGUAAAUUAGGAUUUUCGUCGCUGUGAGCCCAUUCUAGUGUGACACUCAGAUAGGAUCGAGCAGCGUCCUUGUGAGCUGCUUGGCAAUCUGCUUUGCCUUGAGUAUCGGCACGAAAGGCGGCUGCCAUAGCUUCAUCAUGAGCUGUCGGCGGAAUAUAUUCGAAAUCGGGCUGACUGCCAUUCAGUUGUACUGGAAGAAUGGAUGGAUCGAUAUAUUUGGUUAAAUCAGCUUCGUUUCUUAUAAAAUGAAUUUUACUUUCAAUGGCCGGAUCCAACCACUGCUUGAUGAUGAUCCAAAAACCAUAAAACACCCAAGGAGCAUUGAGAAUGAGUCCCAUACCGAAUGAUUCUGGAUAGUAAUUCUGGAGCAGAUUAAUAGCAAAUUUGGCGUGCUGAUAGUCCAUGUUUUUCAUACCAAACCCAGUCAUGUCGACAAUUGCCGUACCUGUCUCAAUGUGAGGUUCGGCUAGUUUGCGGCCCGUUUCCAUAAUCAAAACGGUCAGCUUCUCGGUAAGUUCGUUAGGAAAUUGGCCUUUAAUGUGGUCUUUGGCAGAAACAAAGUUAAUCGGACGGCCAGCUUUGUCAUGACCAAGGAGAUAGCUCUUUCCUGUCUUGAUUUCUUCCUGGGAAAGGUCACUUUCACCCCUCUCUAUAAGUGCCUGAACGCCCCAUUUAUGUCGCCAAUGCAACGUAUCUAUCGUGUGUUGAACAGCUGUAUGAAUAUUCCAUUUGCGAGCACGGAGAUAUUGAAGUGCAAACACAUCAGGAUUGUCACAACCAACAGCAUAAAAGAGCUCGUUUCCAUAGAUAGAAUCGGCAAUUUGGUUAACAGGUAACGAGCUUUGACUACUGAUGACAUUGCUUAAGGCUAUCCAGUAACCUUUGAGAGUUUCCAUUUGUUUCCUGUCCAGAUUGUCUAAUACGAAAUUCGUUAAUAAACCAACCUUUAGUCGAUUGAUGGCAUACUUACUCACAUGGCCGGGAUCGUUCGCAGUCAUUUGCGUUGUUGUAAAAACUAAUCGUAUGAUAUGAUAGAUCUAAUCUCGCCACAAAUCUGCACAAUCAAUGAGAGACUCAAGAGAUGACACUAACAUAAUGAUAGUUUCAUGUAUUCAACUAAUCUUCAUCAUGGCGUUAAGUGCCAAAAUUUAGAUUAUUUUAGAACUCGGUGGAUUGAUUGAGGAUCGAAUUUUGACGACUCCGAAACAGUCCUGAAUCUCAGGCUGUUGUUGAACAAUCGACAAAUAAAAUAAAACUUUUGUUUAGCCUCAAUUAUGCUAAGGAUAUUGUCGCUAACUAUUAGUAGGACUGGGCAAGUCAUCCAGUUGUCUUCGCUUCAUUUUUUUUCUUUCAUUCAUAAUUCAAACUGACUUACGAGAGGCAUAAUGUGAUUCGCCUACUAUUAUCAUUUUCAUGAAUUAUUCGUUUCGAUCCCGUCCUGUUGCAUGUUAUUUUUUCGUCCAUUCUUUUUUCCUCACAUGAUCUUCCCAGCUGUUAUUGCUUCACCUCCUCAUCAUAUUGUCUGUCUUUUACCCUCAUCUUCAAAAGAAAAUCAUUGUCUCAAUCUCAUCCUUUUGUUCAAUUCACGACAAGUCCAAGAUCAAUAAAGAAUUUUCUUUUGUGAGUGCUUCUUCUCUUCUUCACAUACUGAGAAUGAUAAUAGAGUAACCUUUCGACUUGCGUGUCUUACAUGGAUAGAUGUUCUAAGUUAGUUCUCGCAGACCAAAGAAGAAACCUUACAAGUUCCUCAAUCGUUACUAAAAUACAAUAUUCCAAAUUUGCACCUGUCACAAACAAGUUCGUUAACAAAUUUUGGUAACUCAUAAGAGACUAUUACAAGAUAUUUAUUAUAAGUAACGACAAAAUAGAGUUGUUUACCUCUUACCUUUGUCUACACAAACGUCUACUUAUCGGCAAGCACGCCGUGUUGUUAUUUUUUUCAAGUAUCAACAAAACAACAAGCUCUUAUUUCUCUUGUUUGCAUUUUCUAUUCGUCGAGUCACACAAUCUACGUGUAACGAACAGAUGCAAAUUUGUUUCGUACUGUGAUACACUUCAAAACACAUACGUUAUCAGAAGAAGAUGUGGGUGUGAGGAGGUGUUAGUGUGUUUGUUUCCAUCAUUUCUGAAAUACGCACAACCCAUACCCCGAAAAAUUCGAAACAAAUAGUUGAUAUGAAAUUUUGCUUAUAAAUAAACUUGAAAUUCUUAAAAUGUUCAACGAAAAAAACGAAUAUGUUUUUCUUGAAAUUUUCAAUAUUCAAAAGAACUAGAAGUUUACAAUAAAAGGGCGCAGCAAUCGCGUCAGUUUGGAAACCGAAUACAUCGUGAAAAAAGACCUGAUCAUUUUCUGUGUUGGUCUCGGGAACAAUUUCAUUAGAACAGUCAUGAUUGUUUAUCAGGAGGCCAUGAAGUCUUUUAAUCUAGUCUUGUUGAAAUCUACCCGCAAUCAUAGAACGAGGACGAGUGGUCUUCAACAGUUUCAUACAUUUUUAUUAUUGAUUCAUUAGCUUGAAAUGGAAAAACCUAAUCAAACAUUAAUAACAAAGAAUAACCUAAAUAUUUAUUUCAAAUUAUUGAAGGGUGUGGGUGUAGGGUGUGGGUGUGGGGUGUGGGUGUGGGUGUGGGUGUGGGUGUAGGUGUGGGUGUAGGUGUGGGUGUGUGGGUGGGCGUGGGCGUGGGUGUAUGGAUAUAUUUUUUGCGUACACCCCAUACCCGCACUCACUCCAUACCCACACCCCACACCCACACCCCACACCCACACCCACACCCACACCCACCCACACCUACACCCACACCCACCCACCCACACCCACACCCACACCCUAAUCAAAAUCUGUUUAUUUUAAUUAGUUGCUUCUAUCCAUAGCAUUCAACUUAAUGAUGUAUAUUUACAAGCACAACUCGAUAAAGUCUUAACAAAAACAUUCGACAAUCAUAAACCAUCAUUAAAUGUAGGCUUAAAUUACGUUCAAUUUUUUUUUAUAGUGAUAAUUUAUUAACAUUUUCUUCAAAACCUGCUAUUACUACUACAAAUAUUAUUGAUGAAUCAAAUAUAUUCAAAGUAUCUUAUUGUUAUCCAACAAGAGAAUGGCGUUGUUUAUAUCGAUGUGAAAUUGAUUCAUCCUUAUCAAACAGUAAUGGUUCAACAGUUGAUCUAACUUUAUUUGGUUCAGUUAAUAAUCCAACGGAAGAAGAUUGGUCUCAAGUUGAACUCAUACUUGUUGCUAAUGAACUUCAAAUUUUAAGUAAUAAUAAAGUAACACUUAUGACUUCUAUUGUUCGUGAAGAAGCCGAAUAUAGUGAUAGAGAAUCAUCAGGUAGCAUGCAAAUUUUCAUUAAAACAUUGACAGGCAAAACAAUUACGAUAGACAUCGAUCCAUCUGAUACAAUUCAACAAGUAAAAUCUAAAAUUCAAAAUAAAGAAGGUAAGAGAAGAGCUAUUAAUAUUACGAGAGUUGUUGUUGACGAUGAUGAUGAUGAAAAUUAUGAAUCAAUUGAUUCGAGUCAAAUGAGUGGUCUUAGUGAGAAUGUUGUUUAUAAAAUCAAUACACCAGUUACAAUUCGAUCACAUGAAAGUAUUUUAGUAACAAUUAAUAAAUGGCAAAUGGAUGCACAAUUAGUACUUUAUUAUGAUUCGAAAAUUAAUGAUUUAAAUGCAAUCAAAGCUGUUCAUUUACGAAAUAGUAGUAAUGUUGUAUUAGCACCAGGAAGUAUUGCUGUUUUGGAUAAUGGAUGUUUUGUUGUUCAAGGUGCGUUUACACCAAUGUUGCCAAAUGAUGAUCAAUUGAUUAAUUAUGGUUUUGAUUCAACUGUAUCAAUUCUUCGUACAACUCCAAUAACCCUUCAAGAAGUUCAUGUUGAAAGUGUUGAUAUCAUUUAUGAUGAGCUUGAUAAAAUCAAUACAGAUAUUGCUCCAACUGGCAUUGAUCUUCAACAAAUUUAUAUAAAACGUACACGUUAUUUAAUUAAAAAUAAUUCUUUAGAUCGACCUAUAGCUAAGUUUUUUAUUGAUCAUGUUGCUGAUCCAUCAUUAGGUGGUUAUGUUGUAACAACACAAAAGAAAUGUAUUAAAUCAGUUAUGGAACUGAUUGAAAAUCACGUAAUGGCUUUUAAAUGCUGGACUGAUCAAUCUUAG